AUGAGGGAGCCGCUGCCUCUCCGCCGCUGGCGCUCCUGGCUGCUGCUGCUUUUUUGCGGUUUUCAGGUGCAUCGAGCCCACGCCAGGUCGCAGGCCCACCCAGGCUUUGAGGUCUUGGCCUCUGCUUCCCAUUACUGGCCGCUGGAGCACGUGGACGGGAUCCAUGAACUACAAGAAACAGCUGGAGCGUUACGAACCCACAACCUCACUGUGCUCCCUUCCCGUAACUCUGCCUUUGUGUCUGCCAAUGACUCUGCCUACUCCAAUCUGUCUGCAACCGUAGAUCUCGUGGAGGGCAAGGUCAACAAGGGCAUUUAUCUCAAGGAGGAGAAAGAUGUCAUGCUUCUCUACUACGGCAGGUACCAGACGUCUUGCAUCAACAACCCGGCCCGGUGCGGCCCCGAAGGGGUCACCUUCUCCUUCUUCUGGAAGACGCAAGGCGAGCAGGCCAGGCCCAGCCCCUCCGCCUACGGUGGACAGGUCAUUUCCGACGGGUUCAAGAUCUGCUCCAGCGGCGGCAAGGGCUCGGUGGAGCUGUACACGCGGGACAACUCCAUGACGUGGGAGGCCACCUUCAGCCCGCCAGGUCCCUACUGGACGCAUGUCCUGUUCACAUGGAAGUCCAAGGAGGGCCUGAAAGUCUACGUGAAUGGCACCCUCAGCACCGCGGACCCCAGCGGCAAAGUGUCCCACGCCUACGGGGAGCCCGAGGCCAGCCUCGUGAUCGGGUCUGAGCAGGGCCAGGCCGGGCGCUACGAGAACAGGGCCUUCGACGAGUUCAUCAUCUGGGAGCGAGCUCUGACGCCGGACGAGGUCGCCAUGUACUUCACGGCGGCCGUCGGAAAGCAUGUUCUGUUGUCUUCGACGCCGCCGAGCCUCUCCCUGACGCCCACCGCCGGCUCCCCGACGCCCACCGACGCCUACUCUCGCGUCGUCGCCGGCCUGGCGGAGGAGAGGAAGCGCUCGCGGGGCGCCAGGCUCGUCCUGACCUACCUUCGCGACGUGUCCCGGAGCUUGCCCAGCGAAUCCCUCUCGCGGGGCACGGCCCUGAACCUCACCGAGACCUUCCUAAGAACCGUGGGAGAGCUGCUUCUGCUGCCCAGCUGGACCGCGGCAUCGGAGGACUCCGCCAUGGUGCUGGCCUUGAUAGAGACCGUGGACUCCGUCAUGGACCACAUCGCCUCCCACCUGCACACCAGCGAGCCCCAGGUCACCGUCACUGGCUCCUCCUCCAUGGCAGAGUUCUCGGUGGCCCGGCUCCUGCCCAGUGCCGCAGAUGCCUCCCACUACCGCUUCCCCGCCCAGGGCCACAGCUACAUCGAGGUCCCGCACGAGGCCUUCCGCAGCCAAGGCUGGACCACCAUCGUGGGCCUUCUCUACCACACGAUGUACCAUCACUUGAGCCACAUCCGGCCGGACAACACCAGGAUCGCCGAGGCGGCGAGCUACAAGGGCUGCCCGCUGUCUGCCGCCAGCCCUCUCAUCUCCCUGGAGGUGGCCCCGCCGCCCGCCCUGUCCCAGAACUUGUCGGGCUCCCCGCUUGUCACCGUCCGGCUCCAGCACACACUGACUGGCAGGCAGUACAGCGAGGCCACCAACGAGAGCAACCGCGUCUUCCUGUACUGCGCCUUCCUGGACUUCAGCUCCGGAGAGGGCGUCUGGUCGAACCAGGGCUGUGUCCUCGCCGAGGGGAGCCUGGCCCACUCCGUCUGCCGCUGCUCACACCUCACCAACUUCGCCAUCCUCAUGCAGGUGGUCCCGCUGGAGCUCACACGCGGACACCAGGUGGCGCUCUCGUCCAUCAGUUACAUUGGCUGCUCGCUGUCGGUGCUCUGCCUGGCCAUCACCCUGGUCACCUUCGCCAUGCUCUCCUCGGUCAGCACCAUCCACAACCAGCGCUACCACAUCCACGCCAACCUGUCCUUCGCCGUCCUGGUGGCCCAGGCCCUGCUUCUCGUCAGCUUCCACUGCCAGCCGGGCACCGUCCCCUGCCAGGUGCUGGCCAUGCUCGUCCACUACUUCUUCCUGAGCACCUUUGCGUGGAUGCUGGUGGAGGGGCUGCAUCUCUAUAGCAUGGUGGUCAAGGUCUUCGGCUCGGAGGACAGCAAGCACCUCUACUACUACGGGAUAGGAUGGGGGUUGCCCCUUCUGAUCUGCACCGUGUCCAUAUCGUCGGCCACGGACAGCUACGGGACCACUAACAAAGAAAACGGCUCCAUCGCCAGCGUCUUUGGGGAGCCGCCCCCCUCGUCAGCCACGCCGAGGAACCACGGUGUGAAACGGGAAGGGGACAUGCCAUCGAGGGCGUUGCAGAAGGGGCGGGAGUCGAACGGUCUCACAGCUUCAGGACGGGACGGCGUUCCAGCGGAUCUGCCCGCCGGGGAGGACCCGGCCUCUGCUUCACGCGACGACUUACUGGAGUUGAAGCGCGAGACCAUGGCGGGCAACCAGGUCAACGUCGGCAUCCUCGUGGCUGUGACCAGGGUCAUUUCUCAGAUCAGCGCUGACAGCUACAAGGUCCACGGGGACCCCAGUGCCUUCAAGCUGAUGGCCAAGGCCGUGGCCGUGCUGCUGCCCAUCCUGGGGACCUCUUGGGUCUUCGGCGUGCUGGCCGUCAACAGGCAGGCGGUGAUCUUCCAAUACGUGUUUGCCCUGCUCAACUCCCUGCAGGGCUUCUUCAUCUUCCUCUUUCACUGUCUCCUGAAUUCAGAGGUGAGAGCCGCCUUCAAGCACAAAACCAAGGUCUGGUCCCUGAGCAGCAGCUCCGGCCGCCACGCCCACGCGAAACCCUCCAGCUCCGACGCGGUGAACGGGACCCGGCCGGGCACAGCCUCCACCAAGCUCGGCCCUUGGGACAAGAGCAGCCAGUCUGCCCACCGCAUGGACCUGUCCCCCGUGUGA